AUGAUUGUUCAAUUUUUUGUUUUUCCCCCGACCGCCAAACGCUUCGGGGUCCUACGUUGCUUUAAAGUAUCAGCUCUCAUGUUCCCGGUUCUUUACUUCCUUACACCUUUUCUAGCCCUCUUCCCCACAGAUAGCACUCGCCAGCUUGCGACAGUAAUCCUGAUGGCAAUCAAGCUGAGUGCUGUGGUCUUCGCAUUCCCAUCAUCCAUCAUCCUUCUUACAAAUUCAGCUUCAAGUGUUUCUGUCCUCGGAACCUUGAAUGGGGUCGCAACGAGCGCUUCUGCGAUAGGCAGGGCCAUUGGUCCAGCUGCGCUGGGCGGCGUAUUCUCCAUUGGCGUCAAAGCCGGAUAUAUGAUAAUACCUUGGUGGACCCUGGCUUUCAUUGCAGCUAUCAGCGCGCUCCCAGCUUUUUGGAUCAUUGAAACAGACGGCUUCGCUGGUGAUACGGGAGAGCAAGAUAAUGAAGGCACAGCCGUUGUGGUCGGUGAUGCGGAACAGGAUAGCCCACCCCUUCUAGAGGUAGGAAAUGUGCGUUCUGAAAGCACAGCUGGCCCAGUAGAGGUCAGCAAUUCAGACGGUAAAGCCACGGACGAUGAGCCCACCACGUCAGCACUAUCCAACUCCUAA